CUGUGACGUCACGUGACGCCGCUUCGGGGAGCACGUUCAUUGGCUGGAAGCUCCCACGCAGGAGGAGCUGAUCCGCACAUUUUCCUGCAGUUUGACACCGAGUCUGAGUCCUGGGAUGCAGCAGCUCUGGGCCGAGCCGAACCGAGCCGGCGGGGUAAUCACAGCAUCACUGAGAGCCGCACGCAGCCGCGCGCCGGGGCAGCAGGGAGCAGAUUGACCGGAGGGACAGAAUGAGCCACAACACCGCGGACACGAGCACGCUGUGCCUUUUUGAUGUAGACGGCACGUUGACGGCCGCGAGACAGAGCGUGACUCCAGAGGUGAAGGCAUUCCUGGAAAAGCUGAGGACUCGGGUUCGGGUCGGAGUGGUUGGCGGCUCGGACCUCAGUAAGAUCAAGGAGCAGCUGGGAGACGACGUCAUUCAGAAAUCAGACUAUGUGUUCGCCGAGAACGGCCUGGUGGCGUACAGACAUGGACAGCUGCACUCGGUCCAGGUGAGUGACCUGGAGCACAAAAUAUCCUCCAGGGGGCGCUAACUGUGUCCUCCAGGG